CGUAUCAGUACGGAAUAGAAGGGAACGGACAUGGGUGUUAGACGAGGAUACGAAUUUCAGACAGCAUUUUACAUUUGACUUUAGUUCCGCUAAGUUAGUAAUGCAGUUGGCGGCACACCGAAUGGAGCAUUGCUGAAGUUAACCUUAGCAGUAUUGCAUGUUGUGGACAGAUUUGAUGAUGGGUUUAAACAGACUCAGAGGACUUGGCCCUCCAGCCACACUAUGGAGGUUGUGCUUACAAUGUUCUCCUGCUGUGGCCAUGUUGGAUCGUGUCCCAUCUGCCCUUGGGGUUCCUCCCCUGGGGCUGGUGGCUCUCAGACUGUCUCGUGGCAUCCAUGGUAGGGGAGACCAAACCAACCACGCUGCCGGCAAUCGUGUACCUUGUCGGUUUCCUUUCUCAAGAGUGUCUAAACAAGACUUGGCCUUCUUCGAGAACCUCUUGCCUGGAAGGACCAUCGUAGAUCCUGAUGUGCUUAUGACCCACAAUGUGGACUGGAUGAAAUCAGUACGAGGUUCUAGUGAGCUACUGUUGAGACCCCAGACUACAGAGGAAGUUUCAAAAAUUCUUAAGUACUGUUGUGAGCGGCGGCUGGCAGUGAACCCUCAGGGUGGGAACACGGGGCUGGUGGGUGGAAGCGUACCUGUGUAUGAUGAGAUCAUACUCUCCACUUCCCUCAUGAACCAAAUCUUGAGUUUCGACCAGGUGUCCGGAAUUAUCACUUGUCAGGCAGGCUGUGUGCUGGAGAAUCUGUCCAACUACCUGGAAGAGCGUGACUUUAUCAUGCCUCUGGAUCUGGGAGCAAAGGGCAGCUGUCAGAUUGGAGGCAAUGUGGCGACUAAUGCAGGAGGGCUCCGCCUUCUCCGCUACGGCUCCCUGCGUGGCACAGUGCUGGGCCUGGAAGUGGUGUUGGCUAGUGGGAAGAUUUUGAACUUCCUAACAGCUUUGAGGAAGGAUAACACUGGCUAUGACCUCAAGCAGCUGUUUAUUGGGUCAGAGGGCACACUUGGCAUCAUCACGGCCGUGUCAAUCCUGUGCCCACGGAGGCCAAGAGCAGUCAAUGUGGCUUUUUUAGGUUGCUCUAGUUACAAAAAGCUUCUUGAGACCUUUCAGUGUUGCAGGGGAAUGCUGGGAGAAAUCCUCUCGGCAUUUGAAUUCUUGGAUAGUGCCUGUAUGAAAUUGCUGGAGAAGCACCUGAAACUCAUCAAUCCCAUAGCAGAGAACUCGUUCUACAUUGUCAUUGAGACAGCAGGGUCUAAUGCCGACCAUGACAAGGAGAAGCUUCACAAUUUCCUUGAAGCAGUAAUGGCAUCAUUCCUGGUAACUGAUGGAACUGUGGCAACAGAGGAUGCAAAAAUUAAGGCGCUCUGGUCAAUUAGGGAGCGAGUCACAGAAGCCUUGACACAUGAUGGUUAUACCUACAAGUAUGACAUCUCUCUUCCCUUGGAGAAGAUCUACCAAUUGGUGGAGGACAUGAGGGAGUACCUUGGAGACAAAGCCAAGAAUGUGGUCGGCUAUGGUCAUGUUGGUGAUGGGAACCUCCAUUUGAACAUUACCUCUCACUCCAAAGACCAAGCCCUACAGGAAGCCAUUGAGCCUUAUGUGUACGAAUGGACCGCCAGGUACCGGGGCAGCAUCAGCGCCGAGCACGGCCUGGGCCUCAAGAAGAGAAACUACAUACACUUCAGCAAACACCCUGAGGCUGUGGCCCUCAUGAAGGAUAUUAAGCACAUGUUGGAUCCCCACAGGAUACUUAAUCCCUAUAAGACCUUGCCAGACCAGGGCUGAGGGUAUACUUUUUUUUUUUUUUAAAUACACAGCUAAUUUAGAUAGGCAGGUUUAGCCUAAAAGUGUAGGGGGAAAAAAGACAUUUAACAGAGUUAACUAAAUUUCUCCAAGAUCAGUGGUUUAAGCGUGAUCAGAUAAUUCUUGCAUUUAUAUGCUUUAAUUAGAAAGUUUUCCCCUUAAUGAUCUUAAUGUUUAGAAGGCUAUUGCACAUUCAGUAGUUAGCAGAUGAAGAUGAGAUUUUUAGCUCAAAAUAGAUGAAUUUUCUUAGCAAGCCACCACUAUUCAUUUUGAAUAUAUAGAGGUUGUGAGGCACUGUGGCCACAGAACAUGACAGAAGAAAAAUCACAUCAGCAAUGCAGUGAACAUGUCUUUAUUGCAUGUAAAAAAGCAACAUAACAUGUUUUAAAGAGACAUGCCUCUUUAAACCAAAUAUAUCCAAGAGAAGCUGAUACUGUAAUCAGUUUUUACCCAAAAACUAAAACUUUCAAAAAUUGUUUAAAUUGCAAAAUCUGUCAUGCAUGGUCUGUUCAACAAAAUGUACAGAAUAGUUGCACUCAACUAUAAAAUGACCCUAGCAUUAAAUAAACUGCUGUUAGCAUUA